AUGCCGCCCGUCGUCCGCGAUACCCUCUCGCUCCGCCCGCAGGGGUUCUACGGCUACGCCUUCCUCAUCACGCGCGUAGCCCAGAUCGCAUCCCUCGCCGUCGUCACAGGCCUGGUAGCCGAUUUGCUCUCCACUGAGACCCGCGGCAGGCAAGCUCCAGCGACGAGCUUGAUCGCGGUUGUCCUCUUUACCAGCGCCGCCCUCCUAUGGUCCCUCCUAUCCUGGACAGGCUACAGCCGGCGCUACCUCCCCUACGCAGCGACCUGGUCGGUGGAUCUGGUCUUCCUCCUCGCGUUUGUCGCGAUUGCCGUCGUCCUGGGCCUGCCGCUCGGAGACACGCGCUGUGCGGCGGUGGCCGCAAACGGGAGGUUCGAGAUCACCGCGCCACCUGGGACCGCCUUCGGCAGGAUUGCUUUCCCCACCGAUGGAAGAGCAGCUUGUUUAAAGUUGCACAUUGUGUGGGGCGUGCUGAUUGCGGUGUGUGUGCUGUUUGCUGUGAGCGCGCUGUCGGUUGCGUUUUUGGACAUGGGAGAGAGGCAGCUGGCACGGGCGAUGUUCGCUGCGAAACGGGAGCCAAGAGGAGGAGCGGGUGGUGCGACGUCGUACAUUCGACCGAUCAAUGAGCCCAGUAGUAGGGAGUUUGCACCGACCGCAAUAGCCCAACCGGACGCGACUUGGAAUGCGGCGGGAAGUGCGGGGACCGGGACGAACGAGUUUGGUUACUCAAACGCACCCCCGAGACCUAGCUUUGGCGAGGACCGCCUGAACCUUAACCGGCCGGUCACGAUAGGCCAGUCAAGGGUCGGAGGCACCAUGACGUCGAGCGGGUCCGGUUAUGGCGAGGUGCUUGACCAGCCGGCGGCCGCGAGACUGCGACGACCGCCGCACUUGGAAAACGGAUUCGGCCUCCCCGCGCGUAAGCAGGGGACGCACAACGAGGGGGCGAAGGGCGGCUUGAGGAAGGCCGCACAUUCCAACGGGAGCAUGGACAUCCCAGAGGGCAAGACGCCCGAGUCCUCAACGAGCGGCCCACUGCACGACUCGCGGAGGCGCGCCAGCUCUGACAUCACCGUCAGGGGCAGCAACAUUGGCGUCAUCCCGAUAGCCAUAAUGCCCUCGCAGUAUGCUUCUUUCGGCAAGGCGCCCAGUAGUAUCACGGAGGAAGAGGACGGAAAUAACGCCCGUCUUCUACCCAACAGCCAUAAUCCGGAGGGCAGGAGAGGUCGGACGGGGUUGGUGAGGCAAGAUCUCCAGCCUUCUCCGACUGGAUCUGGUAUCCUGAACAGCCCACAUGAGUCACUGAUGCCGAAACCACUGGCAGUGGCCCAAAGGGGCAACGCGGGACGGCAACAGCUGAAGGAGGAGCCCGCACAGAGCGGGUGGUGGGGAGCACUGGCCAGUGUGAUUGAUAGGCCGCAGGCAGCCUAUGAUCCGUCCAAUGUGGUGUAG